AUGAAUGAUCGAAAGCAGUUGGCAGCCGCUGAGUUUGUGGAGCUCAAGACAUCAGCUCAUACAAUGAAUCGCUAUCAGCAGCGCUCGUUUGAUUCAUUUAAGUCACUAAACUGGUGGUGUCAAUCUUUUCUCGUUGGCAUACGCACCAUAUUUGUGGGUCUAAGGGAUAAGGAGGGUUUGGCACAUCGCAUUGAGGAAUGCGCCGUUGGUGAACUGCAUCGCAAUAAGCCUUGGAGUCCAGCUGCUGUUACCAUAUUUCUCUCGAACUUUCUGCACGAACUCAAAUUGCUAAUGGAGCAUAUCGACAAUUCUGAUGCAAUUGUAAUGCUAGACUUUAAAGCAACACAAGAUCAAGUCUUUUACUCUGUGAUACGGGAUGACAUCGCUGCGCAACCGGAGGAGCAAUUGUUACCCACCUGGUAUAGGUAA